CGAGUGCCUAGACAAAAAUCCAUUAGACACUACCAAACAUCUGCAAUCGUACCGAAAGAACAAGAAUGGAGCACAAAGAAAUCAAUUGGUUCACACUAGCUCAUGAAAAAAUUGGAUGGUGUAUACUGGCCGCCACAUUCUAAGUUUACGGAACCUGUUUGGGAGUCAUAAUGUCUAUUUACCAUUCAGAAUAUGUAUCUGCACCAAAUACUGUUGGAAAUUUGGCACUGCUACCUUUACGGACAAAAUUUCGAGGACCUGCACCUAUGAAUCCAGAUUUGGAAAAAGAUAUAAUUGACGAAGCUCUCUAUCUUUUCAAAUCGCUUAUAUUUUUUCGACAGUAUGAACUAAAAAGUGAAGCUGAUCGUGUUCUUGUUUAUCUCGUUUUAUAUAUAUUGGAAUGUUUAAGAAAAUUACAAAAAUGUCCAAACAGAACUAUUGGAGCUAAAGAAUUAUCUGCGAUGGCUAUAAGUCGUUUCGAUUUACCAGGUGAUCCAGAUUUUCCUCGAGAAUUAAACAGUAUGUAUGCUAAACCGAAAAAUCCGUCAGAAAUGGAAACAAUGCGUGGUUAUUUAACUCAAUUAAGACAAGAAUUAGGUGUUAGACUAUUGGAUAAAGUUUACUGUGAUGAUAAUAGCCCACCGAGUAAGUGGUGGAUGUGUUUUGGCAAACGUCGUUUCAUGGAUCAAUCUUUAACACCAUUGGGAGUUUUUUAAAGAAACACUUUUUUUAUACACUCAAAUCUGUGACCUUUUCUAAGUUGUUGUUGUUGUUUUUCUCCUAUGAUUUUUCCUUUCUAAUUUUUCUGACUUAACAUUCUGAAGUUGUAUAUUUAAUUAGAUUAAUUAUCAAAUAAAUUUUUUUACUUUG